AUGGGGAACACGGAAAAGCUGCUACUUAUCGAAUCCGCUGAGUCUUGUCUGUUGACCAAGGACAAGUCUAGUUUUAAGGUACCUUGGUACUUCGCAACUGGAUUCCUACUGUUCUGGGGACUGCUCUUUUUUGCCAUCGUAAUUCCAUUUUUCAAUCGCUUACCCACGGCUCGUACACUGGAUGACGCUGACAAACAUGUCUUCAUUGCCGAGCGAGCGUACAAAAAUCUAUAUACCCUAUCGAAUAUUGGCACCAAAUUAGUCGGCAGCAAGGAGAACGAAAUCGAAGCAGUGCAAUUUCUUCUCAAUGAACUUGCAGACAUCAAGGAAGCCUCGCUUAAGGACUAUUUCGAUAUGGAAAUAGAUUUAUCACAAGCCUCAGGAUCUUUUCCAUAUAAAACUGCGCUGAAUGUCUACCAAGGUGUUCAAAAUAUUGCAGUCAAACUGACUCCAAAGAACUGCACGUCUGAGACGUACCUCCUCGUCAACAGCCACUUCGACUCGAAGCCUUUCACUCCGUCUGCCGGCGAUGCAGGAUUCAUGAUAGUCACAAUGUUGGAGGUUUUACGUGUGAUAGCAACGACAAGGGAAACCUUCCAGCAUCCGAUUGUCUUCUUAUUUAAUGGAGCCGAAGAAGACAUGAUGCAAGCAUCGCACGGAUUUAUUACGCAACACAAAUGGGCUCCAAAGUGCAAGGCUGUUAUUAAUCUUGAAGGCGUUGGUGGCGGAGGCCGAGAAAUUCUAUUUCAGAGCGGACCCAAUCAUUCGUGGCUUUUAAAUUACUACAAUAACUACAUUAAAUAUCCUUUCGCAACGAGUUUUGCGGAGGAAAUCUUCCAAUCUGGCAUUAUACCGUCGGAUUCAGACUUUACUCAAUUUAGAGAAUAUGGCAAAAUUCCCGGUUUGGAUAUGGCACAAAUGAGCAAUGGAUACGUCUAUCAUACAAAAUAUGACGUCAUCGAUGUGAUACCUCGCGAUGCCUUGCAGAACUCUGGAGACAAUGUACUUAGCUUAGUAAAAGGCCUGGCCAAUGCAAUAGAAUUACAGGAUACCAAGGAUCACACGGGGGAAUCCGCUGUCUUUUUCGAUUUCCUGGGACUCUACUUCAUCCAUUAUUCAAAGACCACAGGAAUAUUCCUAAACAUUGGUGUUGCGGCAGCUGCAUUUAUUCUGAUUUUUAUUUCAAUGUGGCGCAUGGCAGCCGUUUCUCAAGUUUCGAUUUGCCACGUGGCAUGCUGGUUCACAUUGGUGCUUAUCAUCCAGGUUAUUUCUUUUGUGCUCGGACUAGUCCUCCCGGUUAUUGUAUCACAUGUAAUGGAUAGUUUUGGAUUAUCGCUAGCAUUCUAUAGUACACCGAUACUGGAGAUCGGUUUAUAUGUAUGCCCCUCACUCAUUGGCCUGAGCUUACCCAUCGCAAUCUAUUAUGCUCUACAAGGAAAUAAAAUCAUCUCUACCGGCUAUCAUGUACAACUGGCAUUACAUGCUCAGGCCGUCAUCCUGGCUAUUCUAGUCAUUUGUCUCACGGCAUUUGGAGUGCGUUCAGCAUAUAUUCUUUUGAUUCCGCUAAUAUUCUACAUAUUAUCCUUGGCCUUUAACUUAUUGACGACUCUACACGAUCGUGGCUACGCCUGGGCAGGACUUCUUAAAGCCAGCCAGAUAAUUCCUUUCCUGCACAGCAGCUAUAUCGUUUAUGUUCUGAUUGUAAUUCUUACUCCAGUUUGUGCUCGAUCAGGAAGUGCUUCUAAUAAAGACUUGCCCGUAGCUGUCUUGGUAGCAGCAGGAACGGUUCUUUCCUUUGGUUUCUUGGUGUCGCUUAUCAAUACUUUCCGACGUCCAAGCUUAGUGGUAUUCUCUCUGCUGGCGAUCUCAGCUCUUUCAAUAUACCUAGCAAGUAGCACACAGAUCGGUUUUCCAUUUCGACCAAAGACCAGCGGUCAGCGUGUGGCCUAUCUGCAAGUACGGAAUAAGUUCUAUGAGUAUGACGGAACCCUCAGCAAGGACGAAUCGGGGUACUUGUUCAAUUUCCAAGAUCGUCGCAAAGAAUCUACGUUUGUAGAAGCAAAUGUUAAUCUGACUGGCCUGUACAGCAUCAAAUCGAAAUGCGAGAAGCAAAUGAUGUGUGGCAUGCCUUUGUAUGACUAUCGCUAUGUUCUGAAUCGACUUGAGAGCAAAUUUCUGCCACGUACCAAUCCCAUCGAACCACCAGCAGAAACAAAAUUGGAGUUGAUAAGCAAAACGGUACAAAAUCCAACAACCGUUCGAUAUGAGUUCAACUUAACAGGACCUUCCCACAUGAGUUUGUUUAUCCAAGCCUACGAAGACGUUGAGAUAAGCAACUGGUCAUUCUUACGUAGUUAUCUGGAUAAUCCCCCACCGUAUCCAUUGUCAUAUCACAUAUAUUUCGUUUACGGCAUUGAUAACUCUCCGCUCAACUUCUUUUUGGAGUUCACUAAGCCAGAUGGAGAUUUCGAAGUACCGGUAUUCCAGCUGGGAGUUUCUGGCCAUUAUAUUGAAUUAGAAGGUGAUGCUGAAAGCCAGGAAUUCGCAUCGACGUUCCCAUCCUACGGAAUUCUAGCGACAUGGCCUGUACUCUACCAACGAUUUAUUUUUUAAUAAUAUUUUAUAAAUAAAUAUUUUUUG